UGUCCCUGCCCUCACUCACCUAUCACAUGACAUGCACAAUCCAAGAUGGCUACACUGACAGAGGAACACUUCUCUGCUUUGCAACUUUUGUUGAAGGCUCCGUCUAAAGAUGCUGUGCGGCAGAUGUGUGCUGACAGUUUCUCGUCCGGAGCUCCUGAAUCACGGCGACUGGCAGAAAGUACAGCUGGAACGCUGUCCGUGUCAUCAACUGAGGCCAAACAGCUUCUCGCAGCUCUCCACACGCUCGAGCAUUACGUCGUGUUUCACAACCUGGCUUCACCCGAACAGAUCCUGGCUGUCUUCCCAGACACCUUCCAUUCCAGUCUAAAGAACUUAAUUACAAAGAUUCUGUUGGAACACAGCUCAACGUGGACAAAUGAAGUUCUUGCCAACCAAAUUUCACUUCCCAAGCUUGUGGAGAUGGACUGGAGGGUGGACAUGAAGACUGCCUCAGACUCAGUCAGUCGCAUGGCAGUGCCCACUUGUCUGGUAAACAUGAAGGUCCAGGACCUUUCCUGUGCGGGAGGCGAUGACUCUCUCUCCUCGGUUACCAUGGAGCUCAGUAAAGAAACACUCGACACCAUGUUGGAUGGAUUAGGUCGCAUCCGAGACCAACUGUCUACAGUGGCUGGAAAAUAGACAUUUUCCGACAUCAGGAUGGUGCGUUCAACAAGAGGCCUUUUUUUCUGGACAACAAUGAACUACUUGUAUAGCUCUUACAACGUUCACUCAUAAACAAUCAUGUGUGGGCGUGGGCAUGUGCAUGUACGCUCACAGAUCCCUACCAUUUUUACUUAAAAACACAGGAGAGUUUGCAACUGUCUACAAUGCAGACAUCACAUUCCUCAUUAGUUUAGACAUGUAUAUGUUUUUGUACCAGAUCGUUGUGAAUUAUUAAAAUACAAAUAUUA